AUUUUCAUAUUGCGAGAGUUACAAAGGCGAUAUGGGCGGAGAUUUUUUUGUAACGCAGCUGGAACAAACCCUGGAAGCACUUUUCCUCUACAUCGCCUUCAUGACUGGUCUGAUCUAUCUGAAGACGAAUGAUAUGGUAUUCACUCUAAUCGCGGCUGGUAACUUUUAUUUGUUGUGGGAGGCGAUCCGGGUAAGUAAGCGCGACUUUCGUUGGGAGAUCAUGGAGUUCUCGGAUCUGGAGGAGCUGAAGGAAGAGCCUAACACGGAGGAGGACCCCUACGCGGACCACUACAGGCAGCCAGAGCUUCGGCUCCCGACGGACCGCACGAGCUCGAAUGAGCUCCCUGCCGGCGCCCAGGCCGCGCCGAUCGCCCACGGCACGAGGCUGCAGGCCGCCCAGGACGCGCUGGUGUUCAAGAGCCCAGAGUCCUGGGACGUGCUGCGCAAGCUCGCGGCGGGGGAGGAGGUGCGCGCCGCCGGCGCCCCCCUUGUGUGCGCCGGAUUCCCGAUGGUGGCGCUGAUCGGCGGCGGUGCCGUGGAGAGCCAGCUCCAUCAUCAUCUUCGUCGUCGUCCUCCUCCUCACCGACAGGUGUCGUGAGAAGUCCCGAAGAAGCCAAAACAAUGUUUUUUUAGUAGGUUUCCCAGGCCAGCUCAAAAGCGGUCCAAGACGGCCCACAUACGCCCCGAGAUGGCUUCCAGGCAGUCCAAGAAAGCCACAGGAAAGCCUAACGGGGCCCCGAGAACGCCCCCAAACAGCCC